AUGGAUGCUGCUUGCCCAGAAAAACAACUCAGCACUACAGCUUCGAUCGCUCUGUCUUUGUGGUUCUCAUUGUCUGGUUUAGCAGCUGUAGCUGGAAACGCAAUGGUAUUGUGGUUGUUCUACAAAAGCGAGUCAUUGCGAAUAAUUUCCAACCGAUUCCUAGCCUCGCUGUCGACAGCAGAUCUUUUCGUUGGACUUGUUAUUGAACCAAUCUGGAUAGCCAGUUAUUGUCUUAUUCAGCCACCAGCUGAUAGUGAUAUGUUCUUCUACACAGACAUGUUCUGGGUUCACACGACCACCGCAACAACUUUUAGCUUGUGCUGUGUUUCUGUAGACCGGUUCAUUGCGAUUCGCUUUCCUUUCCGUUAUCAGGAAAUUAUUACAAAGAAAAGGUGCUACACAGUCAUCAUAUUGGUAUGGUUAUUUUCACUGGCACUUCCUUUCUCGAUGAUGUUAGUGAAUAACGAGGGAAAUAUCGCAAGUGCAGUGCUUUGGUUGUCUUUGGCAUUUGUAACAUUCAUCACUUCAUUAUUUGUGGUCACUUUCUGUUAUAUGUUUAUGUUUAAAGCUGCACGACGUCAAUGCAGAAGGAUGUUUCCCAGCCAAAAUCGAAAUGGUACUAUGAAAAAUUUCAAAGCUAUGAAGAUGGUCAGUUAUAUUUUAGGUGUUUACAUUAUUUCUUGGAUGCCCAGUCUGGUCUUACUCGUAGUUCAUUCUUAUUAUACAGCGACGAAUCAUCUCUGUAACGACAUCAAAGUAGACAAAGUUGUAUGGCCUUGGAUUGAGACAAACGCUUUUACUUCAUCAGAGAUCAACCCAUUGAUUUUCUAUGUCAGAAAUAGCGAAUUUCGCCAAGCCUUUCGUCGCACCGUCCACUGGCUGCCCUUUGUUCACGGACAAAAUUCAGCAAACGUUAACCUCAGCCAAAAACCAAAGCGAAGCCAAAUGGCUCGAAAAGUUGGAAAUCCUGUCAGUUUUGCAAGUAAAGAGACAAAGCUUUAA